CUAACUAAAAGGGCUUAUAAUUUCAGAUUCUUGAGUAAAGCAGCAGUAAAAACACCAGAAGACCAAAUAAACUCAUCAAAUGGAUCAGCAGUCGAUCCAUGGAGGCUUUAUAGCAUUCAACAAGUGGAAGAAGUGAAAUGCUUACUAAGAGUAAUCCCAAUAUGGGUUGCUGGAACUAUCUAUUAUGUCUCUAUUGUUCAAUCACAAAAUUAUGUCAUCUUCCAAGCCUUACAAAGUGACAAUCAACUAGACCACAACAAUUUCCACAUCCCACCAGCAUCUUUCAUAGUCAUUUCCAUGCUCAGCAUAACCAUUUGGUUACCAAUAUAUGACCGCGUUUUACUUCCAUGGCUUCGGAAAUUCACAGGGAAAGAAGAUGGUUUCAGCCUUCUCCAGAAAAUGGGAAUUGGAAUAUUUCUAUCGAUCGUAACAAUGAUCAUAUCAGGGAUUGUUGAAGACAGGAGAAGAACCCUAACAAUGACUAGGCCAAUGCUACAAAUGACUCGAGAGAAAGGUGUAAUUUCAUCUAUGUCAGCAGUGGCGGCUCUUCCCCUUUGA